AUGAGUGAAGAACGAUAUCGACUUGUCGUACUUGGCUCGGCUAAAGUUGGAAAAACGAAUCUUAUACGACGAUAUCUCUAUAACGAAUUCUCUGAGAAGUAUAAAGAAACUAUUGAGGAUCUUCAUUCGCGGCAAUUUAGAAUCCAGGGUGUUCCAUUACCUUUGGAUAUUCUCGACACCAAUUUCAAUUUUCCGGACAUGCGUAAACUUUCGAUAGCCUCAGCCAGUGCGUUCUUACUGGUAUUCGCUGUAGAUGACGUACCCAGUUUCAAAGAGGUAAUUGAAUUUGAAAUGCUUAUUUCAUCUUCCGAAACGGUCAUUGAACAGAGAACAUCCUUCUAUCGUGUCAUUUACUGA